AAGCGGCUUGUACUCUGGCAACCUUGCGGUAAUUUUAAAAUUUGUUGUCUCUUUCCUUUUAUUACUCUUUUUGUAUUACUAUAGUAUAAGGUACGGAGUAGAAUUUGUUUGAUAUGGCAGACUCUGUAGGCAAGAAGAAAAAGGUCGACCAGAAAGUCGAUAAAGAAACGUCAGACCAAAAAGUUUCAAUUAAAAGAAGGCCAAUCAAAAGACAUGGUAGGUUGUACGCCAAAGCAAUAUUUACUGGUUACAAACGAGGACUUCGUAAUCAACACGAGAAUACUGCUCUUUUGAAUGUGGAAGGAACUGAAUCAAAAGAUGAGAGCUGGUUCUACGUUGGCAAGAAAUGUGUAUAUGUUUACAAAGCUAAAAACAAGACGUGUGUUCCUGGACGUCCUAAGUCUGUAAAAUCCAAGGUACGAGCCAUCUGGGGAAAAAUUACUAGGCCCCAUGGUACAAGGGGAGCAGUGAGAGCCAAAUUCAACAGAAAUUUACCUGCCAAGGCAAUGGGACACCGUAUUCGAAUAAUGCUGUACCCAUCCAAAAUAUAACUGUAUGUAUAAAAUGAAUAAAACAUAUGCAUUCUAAAUGUU